AUGUCGCAACAACAAGAGAUGACCCUGCACCUUGUUGGAGUUGGUGUCACACAUUCAAUUGCACCAAAAAUGCACAAUUAUAUUGCGAAAUCUCUCGGUCUCCCAUGGAUAUUCUAUGCGACUGAGUGCCCGACAGUAGAGGAACUGCUCAGUCUGGCCAAUAAUCCUACCACUGCCGGUCUUGUUGUCACAAUGCCCUACAAAAACUCCAUCCUGGAGCAUCUCUCUGAACGGGAUGAACUAGCAACCAUUAUCGGCGCAUGCAACAAUGUCUACUACAAGGAUGGAAAUCCUAGACGACUCUGUGGUACCAACACCGACUGGCGAGGCGUCAAAGGCUGCCUCCUUGAGAAAGGCUCGGAGCAAGAAAGACCUUCUGCAUCGACCCCGGCAUCUGCCUUGAUUGUUGGCGCUGGUGGUGCAAGUCGUGCAGCUGUCUACGCUCUUACAGAGCACCUCCACUGUCCGACAAUUUACGUGUUGAACCGUGAUGACGAAGAGGUGGUGAAACUCAUCCGGGAUUCAAAGAAGCUCCCAAUCAUUCCCAACAUCAUCCAUGUCAAAACUCUGGAGCAAGCAGAGAAGCUAUCGAGCCCUUACUACAUUGUCGGCACUGUGCCUGAUUUUGAAGCUAAAUCACCGUCUGAGCUUGCAGUUGCUUCUAUGUUGAAGCAUUUCCUCUCACGACCGGAGAAAGGGGUUGUGCAUGAUAUGUGCUUCAAACCGAGAAGAACCCGAAUGAUCAAGUUGGCAGAGCAGCUUGGAUGGCCUUGCGUCGAAGGAACACAUGUUAUCGGAUAUCAGAUUGAAGAACAGUGGCGCUUGUGGGCUGGGGAGGAACUUUGCAAGAAAUUAGAUCGCGAGGGAGCAUGGAAUGUUCUUCUAAAGGCUGCGGAGGAAAGCAAGGGUAUCAACUUCUAG